AUGGCAACUCUGAAUGAAAAGAAGACCUGUAGCCAACGAAUGGAAAAUUUCCAGCGUUUCUUAUGGAACCCAGACACAGGACAGUUAAUGGGAAGAACCUUGAUUAAUUGGGUAUGGAUCAGUCUUUACUAUGUUGCAUUCUAUAUUGUGAUGACUGGAGUGUUUUCACUUGCUAUAUAUUCUUUAAUGAGGACAAUCAAUCCUUAUACACCGGACUAUCAAGAUCAAUUAAAAUCACCAGGGGUGACAUUGCGACCAGAUGUGUAUGGUGAAAAAGGACUGGAAAUCAUUUACAAUAUGUCUGAACCGAAGUCAUGGAAUGGUUAUGUUAAGAUUCUUCAAAGCUUUCUUUCAGCCUAUAAUGAAACAGCACAAGAAGCCAACAAGAACUGUACUCAAGAAUCGUAUUACAUUCAGAAGACAUUCGAUGGUCCAGACCACACAAAAUAUUCCUGCAAAUUCACACAGGACAUGCUUGGGGAAUGCUCUGGUCUAACGGAUCCCACUUUUGGCUUUCCAGAUGGUCACCCAUGUUUAAUAAUAAAAAUGAACAGAAUUAUCAAUUUUCUCCCUGGCAAUGGCACGGAACCAAGAGUAAACUGCACGACACUGGUAAGCAUGCACUUCUGUGGACUUCAACCGAUGUAUGUGAAGUAUUAUCCUGAAAGUGGAACAUUUAAACUUCACUACUUCCCUUACUAUGGAUGCAAAGCACAGCCAACCUAUACCAAUCCACUGGUGGCUGUGAAGCUUCUCAACAUUACCAAAGAAGAAGAAGUGGCCAUUGUAUGCCGAAUCAUUGGCACUGGAAUAACUUCGGAUAAUCCUCAUGAUCCAUAUGAAGGAAAGGUGGAAUUCAAAGUUCUGAUAAAAAAUUAAGUGGCA